UGGCUUCAAGGAUGGACCGUGCACUGCUGCUCCUGUCCCUGAUGUGGGCCCUGAACGGGACCGUGACCCCCCAGACGAGUACAGAGUCGUGCCCGCAAAGACUGGUGGGGCACGAGAGAAGGAGGACGUGCCCCCGUCCCUGCAAAGCCGACCAAGACUGCGGCAACAAGCGUCAGUGUCUGUGCGAUGGACACUGUGGUCUCAGCUGCGUAGCUCCAGGCCGUACGUGUCCCUGGCCGCUGCCCACCAGGGAAGACGCCGUGGCUCGCCUCCUCUCUCCCACGCCCUCCUUCUCCGCCCUGCUGGAGCUGCGAUGCAAGCCGGGGUUUUCGUUACCCAGCGGCCUGGAUGCCGCCAUUCGCCGUUGUCAAGGCGACCGUCAGUGGAGCGGAGAUGAUCCAGUCUGCACAGAAGCCGGACUCCCCGACCCUACUGCGUCCUCCCCGACCUGCCCCCUUCCCCGGGAGGUGACGAGCACCUUCGCCAUCGAGGGCGACGGCGCCGUGGGGACGGCCAUCCGCUACAGCUGCUUGUCAGGGGCCGACAUUGUGGGAAGCAGUGAGAAUUUCUGUCAGGAGAAUCGAACCUGGCAGUAUCCGCACCCCAUCUGUAAAAAAGUCUACUGCGAGCCCCCCCGCGAGGUGGCGCAGGGCUACGUGGUGGCCGUCCAGAAGACGGAGUACGAGGUGGGCUUCGACAUCCAUUACCUCUGCAAGAAGAACUUCCGCCUGGACGGACCCCAGAAGGUCACCUGUCUGGGCGACGGCAGCUGGAGCGCGGCGCCCCCGUACUGCAGGGCUCGCUGCCUCAUCCCCGCCGAGAGAAGCCGCGUGAUGAUUGACGGCGUGAAGCGUUGGCCUUUUGACAUCACAGACGCCAUGGUCCCUCACGGAAAGAACGUCACGUUCUUCUGCAAACACCCUCGCAAGCCGUGCAGCUUCAGGGCCGCGCAGACGUGCUGGAACGGCGAGCUGCAGCCGCCCGCCUGCUACCUCGAGCCCACUUGGCUGCAGUAUAAACUCUUCCCUCACCGGCUGGUGUCCGAGAUUGAAGCGUGCGACGGCGCCGACGAAGCGGAGACCUUCUGACCCUGUUGCGCCCUCAAUCAGUGCCUCCUGUUGCUGUGGUUCAGCAGGCCCCACUGCCUGAUUUGUGCCCCCGCCCCCACCAACCCCUCAUGCUUGGUUCGAACCCUGCUCAGACCGUCUGCCCUCCUUUGAUCCAUUCUCUAAAAAUCCCCUUGUGUCAUAUUGACUGAAUUCAACAAGUCAUUAUGGCACAAGAGUAGUAAAUGAUAAAAAGGAACUGUGGGGAAAAAAAAAAAAAAAAAAAAAUCUGCCGUUUCGGGCCACCUUUCAACUUCCAACUGAUAAGACGGAACGCGGCUGUGAUUGUGUAACAAACGAUCGCUACUUUGUAAGUCCCGCCUUCUAUCUCUGAUUGGUUGUGCUGCGGUUUCUUGUAAAUCAAACUAUAGACAGGAAGGGGACAGAGACGGCAGACCCCCCCCCCCACCACAGAUGUUGCCUUGAGAUACGAGUGGCCCGCAUCUUGAUUUUGCUUUGAAGCGGGCGUCAAUGGACCUUUCCGAAUGGCAAUCUUAAGCUCCGCCCUCUUAGCCAUGUCCCAAAAGCUUACAAAAUGGCGAUUGAACACAACAUAUUUGAAGUUGAUUCUCUAUCGCGUAUUGCAGAUAAUAUUGCGGUAUGUUUUUUGCCAAAUGCGCCAGACUCGUCCAAGAGAGUUCUACAGAGAGGUCUCGACUAUUUCACGCAAGGAGAUGUACACGGAAUUAAGAUUUUGGACGGAGCAGGACGCAAUGUCAGAGUUACAGCUAAACGUUGGCGAUCGGUGCAAAAAAAGUUUGACGCCUCACAAACUUCAUUUUGAAGAUACUUCUCCUUCACUUACCUUCGAACAUACAGCCUUGUGUUUGUUGAUAUUUUUCACAAUUAGUUGUACGUGCGCUCUUCUUCGAGCCUUAAUCCAUCGUAGACACUUCCUCAAGUGUGUUUUAGGCUUUGAAAAAUGAUUCAACCGGGCCCCUUGCAACCUAGCAGGAUAUCUUUCAUCAGAAUUGCACGUUCCCCAAGCUCAUUUGAGGACCAUUUUCUUCGUAACUUUUCCAAGCGCACGCUACUGACAACCAGCAUUGCUUGUGGGACAACAUGGCGGCAGGGGCGUGUCAAGCCAGGCGUUAAGACAAUGCGGCUAUCUGAUUGGCUAUUAUUGUACGGGUCGGAAAGGUCCAUUACUUGUGGAUUUGUUAUUUGCGGCCGGGCUCGUUUAAUCAUAAAGCGAGUGGCAAAUCCUGGAGAUGAUCAUCGAACAUUGCGUGUUGUGCGUAUUUAAAGAGGUGUCCACCGAGCACAUGCUAAUGCCAGCUAGCUUGUAAUUAUGUGAUCUUUGUUCUUCCUGACGCAUCAAGUUUCGAGGCUUGUAAUUUUUCAUUUUUUUUAAUUGAUUGUAGUCCUUUGAAAUAAACUUACGGAUUUAGCUCCUUUUUUUCUGACGGAGGAGCGGGAAUCUUUUGAAGCUGCGACGUAAACUCACCGAGGCCUUGUGUGCGAGCAUAAAAAAUAUUGAUUCUAAUUCAAUCCAAAUUAUUUGCGUGGCUCAGUCAGGGCACCGAUGCCCUUUCAGUCAUUUACAAAACAGUACAACCAAUCAAACAC